AUGUCGAGAAAUUCAGUCAAGAGAGUGGUCAAUGCAAUUCAAAAAUUUUAUCCGAUAUCACUAGCUGACAAGACAUGGGAUAAUACAGGAUUAUUACUCGAUGCAAGUUAUGAAGACAGUUCCGAAGUAUCAACAACACCAAUUAAGGUCCUUUUAACUAUAGAUUUAACUCAAUCAGUUGCUGACGAAGCUGUUUCGAAAAAGGCAAAUGUAAUAAUGGCAUAUCAUCCAUUUAUUUUCAGAGGUUUAAAAUCAAUCACAACCGUUGACCCUCAACAACGUUCUUUAAUCAAAUUGAUUCAGAAUAACAUUAGUGUGUAUUCCCCACAUACGGCAGUAGACAGCGCUCGAGGAGGAGUGAAUGAUUUUCUCGUAGAAGGAAUAACUAAUGGAGCAAAAGUAGAAUCAUCCCUUCCAAUUGAACAAGAUGCAAAUGAAUCCGAAUGCGGAAUGGGAAGGUUGGUGACAUUAGGUGAAUCUAAGACAUUAGCGGAGCUUGUGAAGAAUGCGAAAGCUAGUCUUGGAUUGAAAUAUGUUCAAGUUGUCCAAUCCAGUUCUGAUCAAGCAAUUAAAACGAUUGCAGUUUGUGCUGGAUCUGGAGGUGGGGUUUUUAAAGGAGUAAGAGCAGAUUUAUAUUAUACGGGUGAAUUAUCACAUCAUGAAGCUUUAUAUUUUAAAGAAUCUGGAUCGUCUGUGAUCUGUUGUAAUCAUUCCAAUACUGAAAGGGCAUUUUUAAAAGUCAUGAAGCAACAAUUACAGGAAGAGCUUGGCGAUUCUGCUGAAAUUGUCAUCAGUGAAACUGAUAAAGAUCCAUUUGAAAAUUGGUAG